AGUUACUAUGGUAACAGGGUGUCAACAUCAAGUAGUUGUGUUUUCAUGUAGCCACUGCUAGCUAACCCGUCAGCAAUCCUGCAUCCUAUCAACAAUGGCUGAAAUGUCUGCUAUGAAUAGAAAAUUGAUUCAGAAUCUCGCUGAAACUCUUUCCAAACAAGUCAAACACUUUAACAAAACAGAAGCAGAGUGUCUGAUCCGACUGUUCAAUGGUCUCCUGGGGGAUCAGAGUGAUAGGAGGGUAGGGAAUGGCCUGGACAGAGGAAAAUUCAGGAAUAUUCUACACAACACCUUUGGAAUGACUGAUGAUAUGAUUAUGGAUAGAGUAUUUCGUGCAUUCGACAAAGACAACGACAGCUACGUCAGUGUGAAAGAGUGGAUCGAGGGACUAUCAAUCUUUCUCCGUGGGACAUUGGAUGAAAAAAUUAAAUACUGCUUCGAUGUGUAUGACUUGAAUGGAGAUGGGUACAUUUCCCGGGAAGAGAUGUUCCACAUGCUGAAGAACAGCCUGAUCAGACAGCCCACAGAGGAGGACCCAGACGAGGGCAUCAAAGACCUGGUGGAGAUCACACUCAAGAAGAUGGACCAUGACCACGACAGCAGACUGUCCUAUGCAGACUUUGAAAAGGCAGUGAGAGAUGAGAAUCUAUUGCUUGAAGCUUUUGGAACCUGCCUUCCCGAUGCCAAGAGCAUAUUGGCAUUUGAGCAGCAUGCAUUCCAGGAUACACUUGAACAUUAAGGACAACACUACUUUAUUCAUUUUCAUGAAACUGCAAAUAUAUAUAAACAAAUAAAAAUAUAUAUAAAAAAGUUCUUAUACUCUGAUGAGAAAUAUAAAAAUGAAACAUGUUGAGAAAAGAUGAAGUACCGUCUAAUUGGUGUAAAGUCUAGGAACUUGAUGAAAUGUAUGCAUUAUCUUCUGUGUGAUGCUGUCCGUUUCGGAACACAGAGUCUGUUCUGUCCCUGAGCAAGGCAGUUAACCCACUGUUCCCCAGGCGGUGAAGACGUGGAUGUCGAUUAAGGCAGCUCUCCACACCUCUCUGAUUCAGAGUGGUUGGGUUAAAUGCGGAAGACACAUUUCAGUUGAAUACAUUCAGUUGGACAGCUGACUAGGUUUCCCCCUUUCCUUUUCCCUGUUAGAUUCUCUUCCGAGGCUUUCCUGGCUUUGUCUUCUUCUCUGUUGGCUUGACUUCAGGAACUGAUGCUACCUGAAAACAAGGAAAGAAAUUAAUUUACUGCAGUAUCACUCACACUUGAAUUGUAAUACUGUAUGAAGUUGUGACUGUGAGUGACCAAUUUUGGGAAGCAAAUGACCACGAAUAUACCUUUUUCAACAUA